AAACCGUAUUAAAUUCUUUUUAAACUAGUUUGGGAUUUUUGUUAUUUCGUUUUAGUUUUUUUCCUUCCACGCCGCAGAGGAGAAAGAAGAAUACGACGCAGAAACAAAGAAACCCUAAUAACAAACUUCUGUAUCUAAUGGAGCAAUUUUCCCUUGUUUGUCUCUCUUUUUCUAUGUGAUUUUUGAAAAAUUAUAAGAGGGAAAAGAGAAUUCAAAGGAUGAUAAACAAGACUGCCUAAUCGGGAAUCUCUAUGCUGUUCUUGUUGUAAUCUAAUGGCGGACAGUGAACAGAUCACCGCCACAUGGGGGACAUGGGAGGAGCUUUUACUGGCUUGUGCAGUCAAGCGCCAUGGAUUUAAGGACUGGAAUUCUGUAGCCAUGGAAGUUCAGGCUCGUUCUUCUCUUCCUCAUCUCUUAACUACCGCCCGUAACUGCGAACUUAAAUUCCAAGACCUUAAACGACGGUUUACUUCUUUUCGAAACGAUGCCGUUUUGAGUCAGAACGGCGCAGGAAUUGCCGAUAAGGUCGAUAGCGCCGUACCUUGGGUUGAUGAGUUGAGGAAACUCCGCGUUGCCGAACUUCGACGAGAGGUCCAGCGCUAUGAUGUUUCAAUCAACUCGUUGCAGUUGAAGGUCAAGAAAUUGGAGGAGGAGCGAGAACAAGGCGUGAACGACAGAGAAGCCAGCACUGGAAAACCAGAUCUAAAAACGGAGUCCAGAGAGAGACGAUCAGAAAACGACAAAAAUCUCUUCGGAGAACCAGACCACCGGUCCGGACCAAACGGAACAGUUGCAAAACCAUCGGCGGUUCCCGGAGAAGAUUCCGACCGGGAGGACUUCUCUGUCAACCAAUCCAAUUCCACCGGUUCCAAAAGCGGCAACCGUAAAAGCACCGCCGAAAUCGCCAAAUCCGAAACCAAACCGGAUUUCGCCGGUUCAUAUAGACCAGAACAGAACCGGAGAGCCGCCGAACCAGCCGGUCCGCAGUCAGAUGACGGCAGUACGGAUACUGUGGUUAAGAACCCGACGUGUGACAUAUCGGAGACAAAAAAGAAGGAAACACAACGAGUCGACGAUUCGUCCGAGUUAGCCGACUCGGAGGCUCAGUCAAACGGCGGAGGCACGACGACGAGGGAGAGCAGCGAAGUACAGAGCUCGGCGAGUUUGACGGGGAGGAUGAAGAGGAAGAGACUCCUCAGGAAGGAGAUCUCCGGCGGUAGCAGCGGCAAUGAACCUCGCCGGACGGCCGCAGUUAAGUCGCAGCGGUUCGACGAGGUUCUGCAGAAGAUACGAGCGCACAAACAUGGCUCCUUGUUCGAAUCUCGUCUCCAAAGUCAGGAAACGGAAGAGUACAAGGCCAUGAUCCGGCAGCAUUUGGACCUAGAAAUAGUUCAAACCAAGAUCAAUUCUGGCUCUUAUUCCUCCAGCCAUGCAUUUUACCGAGAUCUCUUGCUUCUUUUCAACAAUGUGGUUACCUUCUUCCCUAAGUCCUCCAAGGAAUUUGUAGCUGCUUGUCAACUCCGUCUUCUCAUCUCCAAUGAAAUGAAGAAGAGUCUGCAGGUUGCUCGGAUUGACCCGUCACCUGAAGUAGUAGAUUCGUCCCCGAUUCCUUCCCGAUCCAAGGGACCUGAUCUUGAAGGAUCACAGUCCUUGCUUGCCAAGCAGAAGUCAUCUGUUCCUAUAAUAGUUUGUCGGAAACGAAGCAAAAUUUCAUCUAAGCCUUCAUCGACUGGUCUUGGUGAAAAAGGUGAGCGGAGCAAUGAUGAUGAGAAGCCAGCCGUGGAUCUAAAAUCAAGUAUCAAAAUUGUUUCAAACCUUGUUGAAGACGAGGAUACUACAAAAGAUAGCAAGGUUAAAGAGAAACCCAUAACUGGAGCCAGAAGCAUGAGAAGAAGCAAUGAUAGUGCCACAAACUCAAGUGGCCCUAGUAGCAUCAAGAAACAGAAUACGAAUUCCAGAUGGAAACCCAGUUCGGCCAACGAAACAGAGACACCAACCCCAGAUAAGAAAAAAUCUGAGACGGUAGCAUUGGAGAAGAAGCGUAGUGCAGCUGAUUUCUUGAAGAGGAUCAAGCAGAACUCACCUGCAGAGACUAUAAAGAGAAAUGGCAGAGGUGGAAGUAGCAGUGUUGGUCAUGUGGCUCCAGAACAGAAGAAAGGCAGUGGCAAAAGUGAUAAAGGAAAGGAGAAAAUGUCGACGAUGAAGCAAAGCAACGACAAGCGCCCAAAGGAGGAUGCCAGCCCUUCUAAGCGCAGUGUCGGGAGACCGCCUAAGAAGGCAGCAGAGGCUGAUCCCACACCGAUAAAAAGAGCCAGAGAAGGGGGUGGUAAAGAACCUCUCAAGCGGCCGAGAAAAAAAGCUAAACGGUGACGAUCUGUAGUGUUUUGUGUAUACCAAUAGGACGCAAUCUGCAGUGUAUCGAUCUGUAUUGCAUUUAAUUAUUUUUUUUAACUUCUAAUUUGUUACACAAGAAAGUUGGCCACUAUUUUCUUUUAACCAUA